AUGGUGUACGAAUCCGAUUUUUACACGACCAGACGGCCUUACCGUGCUUCGCCGGCUUACUCUUCAUAUACGACUUCGAGUCCUCGCCAUUACGUGGUCACCGACAGGUCCUAUCCUACUAGCUCACGCUCAGCCGAAGAGGUCUACUCGUACUCUUACAACUCGAACAACGACUCCUCAAGUCGUACCGGCGAUCUCUAUUCGCGUCCCCAAGUACGCUCUUCGACCACUUCCGAAUCGGUAACUCGUCGCUCUACCGGAGGACCUGGAGGUUACAGUUACACCUCGGAAAGUUCUUCGCGUAGCCGCGGCGACGGUCCUGGAGGUUAUCAUUCCAGCUACAGCUCGACUUCGGCUGGUAACUUGCCCGGAGGCACUUCGUAUCGUCACUGGUCUUACCGUGUUUAA